AUGUCGGUUUCCACUACUGACUACCCACUAGAGGCAGAUCAAUUGGCCCCAUCAUCUCCUCCAGCCAAAUUCGCAUUCCUUCAAGCUGUUACGGGUACCCAAAAGCACGGGAAGACAAAAACGUUCUACCAGCAUCUUCUCAACGUGUACACUUAUUUAAAAGAUCACGGCGCUCCAGAAGAGGUUUGCGACGCUGGCCUGUUCCAUUCCAUCUACGGCACCGAGUCGUAUAAAUUUCAGGACGAUCGCAUCACAAGGGAGGUGGUACGCGGCUUCAUCGGCGAUUAUGCCGAGGAGCUAGUCCAUAUCUUUUGCACAACAAAGGAUAGAUUCAAUGUGAUUGUGCAUAACACGAUGGAGCUCAGCACUCGACAGGCGCGGGAUCUGUGUGCGAUCGAGUUCGCAAAUAAGUGGGAUCAAAAUAAAGACCGAAGAUAUCGACAGCAGCUGAUCAUGCUCGCGGAGGCGAUUGUGCGCCUAGAGAGUGACUUUGAAUGUCAAUGA